AAACUCCCCUUCCCCUCUCAUUGAGAUCAUGCUGUCUGAGAAUGGACUUUUGGUCUCGUCUCAUCGGCGGCUCGCGCGCGCUGUCCAAGACAUCGCGAGCCACUUCACCAACGGAACGACUCACGGCCUUUAAACGCGCCUGCAACGCUCUUCAGCAAAUUUGGCGCUCUACAAACACUCCCUCCGCCGAACAGUCGACUGCGCACGCGCGCGCCUACAUUGAACGCCUCAACUCCAUCCUGAGCGACGAAUCCCGCGGACCAGCGCCGCACCCCUGUGUUGCCUACGCCGCCUCUUCCCAGAUCUUCGUGACGGUUACCAAGCUUGCUCUAUCAUACUACGAUGAUGGGGUCUUACGGUCCGCCACAAUCUUCUUCAAUACUCUCAUCGAUGCCGAGGUGGACGGCGUCGUAGACAACCGACUGUUCGCUCGUGCGUUAGUCGACCUGGUUCGACGCGCCGACAAGGCAUCGGACGAGAUCGAAGGACGACUGGUCGAGCUACUGUUCGGCAUUGCCAAUAACAUCCGCCUGCAACCCGUGAUCCUACCUGCCUGGUUCGUGCCUCGAGCGACUCCUAUCGCCCAGGACGGUGAAUCAAUGCCUCCGAUGGAAUUCGCUGGUGCCACUCGCAAGGAUGAGUUCCCGCUCUUCUACCUGCUGGUCGACUACGUUCACAAUGAUGGUCGCGCGGGUGACUUUGCGCGUACGGGGCUCCUGUAUCUCAUCGAGACGGCGUCGCGCUCGAAGAACCUGGAGAAGUGGCUGAUUGAGAGUGACCUAGCCACGCUGAUGGCUACUGGAUUGGGGGCACUGUACAGUCAACUCGGAAGCUUGGAAUAUGCGCCCACCGACGAGGACGUCCCACGCAUAAUUGCCCUUUCUGACCAUGCGAAAGAGGCGACGGCACUGCAGCCCGCCCUCGGCGAAACCAUGGAUGCUUUCAUGUCCUACCUAUUAUUCUGGCAGGACACCAUCGACCACUGCAAGUCCGUGGAGGUGAACGACACUCUCUUGGACCAUUUCCAGGUGCUCUUUCUUGAACAACUCCUAUACCCUUCUUUAUUGGAAUCGUCGGAUGUGGCAGGUGGCUCGACAGCGGCCGUCCUGACCUACAUGUGCCGUAUUUUAGACUCGAUUGACCAGGGAGAAUUGGUCCAUCGAAUCCUGCAGUUCCUAUUGGCUUCAUCCCCACCCCCCGAGGAACAGAUGGACAUGUCGGCAAGUCGCCGAAAGUCACUCAAUGUUCUGGCCGCGCUGGCUUCCGAAGCAGCCCAGCCUUCUCCUUCACUCUUCAAUCUACGGGAUCUCGUCCUGCUGGGUCUUCACUCCUCCAACCGCCAGACGGUGCUGGCUACUCUACGCCUGCUGAACGUUGUCCUACAACGGCACCAUCAGUUUUCACGGGCGUUAAUACACACGGUACCUGGCCAGCCCGCGCAGCAGCGGUCGGUCGGUGCCUUCAAUGCGGAGCUCGAACAGCUUUUGACUCUCGGCACAUCGAUCUUCGACGACCCGAGUUUAAACGAAUCAUUUGACGACUACGUUGCGGAUGCGACAUGGACACUCGAAUCCCGCCUGUGUCUCCCUGUUUCUGCCGCGGACGAGGUUGAGGGUGCGAUCCCCCUGCCAUUGCAGCUCCAGCAGGAUGACCCGAUUGUCCGGGGACUUCUCGGCUGCGUUGAGACCUUCUUCACCAACAGCGUGAUUGUUAACCUCGCAUUGACCGGCGUUCUAAUGAGUCUGGCCUCGUCGCAUCUGUUCUCCCUGGACGGCUGGGUCCUGGUCGACCCUGCCAACUAUGACUCGCCAGAGGAAUCAUCGGACGAGCUUGAUCCCAUCCAUCGCGCCUACCAAAUUCCAACCUGGCCCGCAACUGCGAACCCGACACUGACUGCGGCGCUCCAACGACUCGUAGACCAAGUUCGCCAGUGGCAGCAGGAUCUGCCCGACUUUGAUGUCUUGGUUGCUGCCCGACGCGAUCUGCUGCAUCUGGGCGAGCGGCCCCAAUCGCCCAUGGACCGUUCACGGCCCUCCUACCCCGGAUCUCCCGACGCCUCCGUUCCUGCGUCCCGAGGCCGGUCCCCGAAUCCCAUCAGCUCCCCCGCGGUGGCUUCACUGCGAGGCGAAUCCUCGCGACCGGCGGAAUCGCGUGGUUCGUCAGGUUCACGGGCAGCGACGGCAGAGACCCUGCGCCAGCGACUAGCGACUCCAUUCCCGCCCCCAGAGGCGUCCGUUAGUGAAAGUGUCGAUCCCGAAAAGGCCCCGGCCACGCUGGGCCACGUGUUGACGAAUGUGGUGGUCCUGUAUGAGUUUCUGCUGGAACUGUCGGCGGUGGUGCAAGCGCGGGGAAGUCUUUUUGAAGAGGCAGGCUAUACAUAG